CUAAGAUUUCUAAAUUUGCAAUAAUAUCACGUGGCACAAUUCACUUAUUAUUUUUUGUCAGCCUUGAGCCACGCCUUCUUUUGGUUGCCUUACAAGUACAGUAUUAAGUGGCUCGCUAAUGGAUCGCGCCGAAGCUCCAGGUCGGUUUGGAAGCUCUUAGGUAUUCAAACAACAAUAUUCGCAGCUCAAUACAUUUACUGUUAUUUCGUCCCAUCAACAUUCUCUUUACACCUCAGCUCAUACGUCCUUUUCGAAUUCUCAAUCACAACUUCAACUAUAAAAAUGUCUACAUUAGAAGAUCUCGAUGAUCUCGAGAGAGAGCACAAGGAAGAGAAGAAGGACGAUGGCGACAAGGACAAGAAGCCAAAUCAAGCUAAUGAUGGUGAUGCUGAAAUGAAGGAUACUGAACCUGAAAAGGAAGAGGACCCAAUAGAUGAAGAGAUAUACAGCUUGGGAACACAAGAUAUCCUCACGAGGAAACGACUUUUGGAGAAUGAUUCCCGAAUUAUGAAGAGCGAGUUUCAACGUUUAUCACAUGAGAAGGCUACAAUGGGGGAGAAAAUCAAGGACAACCUUGAGAAGAUCGAAAAUAACAGGUAGGCUCAGCUGCUAAACAGGCAUAUAGUUAUCACAUCUUAAUCUUCUAACUUUCUGCAGGCAGUUACCAUACCUCGUUGGAAAUGUUGUUGAGUUACUCGAUCUUGAUCCAACAGCCGAAUCUGCUGAAGAAGGCGCAAAUAUCGAUCUCGAUGCUACCAGGGUCGGAAAAUCCGCGGUUAUCAAGACUUCCACUCGACAAACCAUAUUCCUUCCAUUAAUAGGUCUUGUAAAUCCAGAUGAGCUGAAGCCAGGUGAUUUGAUUGGUGUCAACAAGGAUUCAUAUCUCGUACUAGACACAUUACCCGCAGAAUAUGAUAGCAGAGUCAAGGCGAUGGAAGUCGAUGAGAAACCCACGGAAAAAUACACAGAUGUAGGAGGAUUGGACAAACAGAUUGAGGAGUUGGUUGAAGCAAUUGUAUGGCCGAUGAAGGAAGCUGAUCGCUUUAAGAAGAUUGGCAUUAAGGCGCCCAAAGGUUUGUUGUAAAUGUCAUCCACGAAUAAAUAGAUAAUACUGACAUUUGUAGGUGCUCUUAUGUAUGGCCCUCCCGGUACUGGAAAAACACUCCUCGCAAGAGCUUGCGCUGCACAGACGGAUGCAACUUUCCUCAAACUCGCCGGUCCUCAACUCGUACAAAUGUUCAUCGGUGACGGUGCAAAGCUGGUGCGAGAUUGUUUUGCAUUGGCCAAGGAGAAGGCACCAGCAAUCAUUUUUAUUGAUGAAUUGGAUGCUGUUGGUACGAAGCGUUUUGACAGCGAGAAAAGUGGAGAUCGUGAGGUACAAAGAACUAUGUUGGAGCUACUAAAUCAACUUGAUGGAUUCGCUUCGGAUGAUCGUAUUAAGGUAUUGGCAGCAACCAACAGAGUCGAUGUUCUCGAUCCUGCUUUACUCCGUUCCGGUCGUCUUGAUCGAAAGAUUGAGUUCCCUCUGCCAAACGAAGAAGCUCGCGCCCAGAUUUUGAAAAUUCACAGCCGUAAAAUGACUGUUGAUGAUGCUGUCAACUGGCCUGAAUUGGCAAGAAGUACGGAUGAGUUUGGUGGAGCCCAGUUGAAGGCGGUAUGUGUGGAAGCUGGUAUGAUUGCUCUUAGAAUGGGAAAGAAUAAAAUCAGUCACGAACAUUAUGUCGAUGCCAUUGCGGAAGUCCAAGCGAAGAAGAAGGGUAUGUUUCAGCCACUCUAUUCAAUGUUUUCUUCAAUACUGACCUCAUUACAGAUACUGUCAACUUCUACGCAUAAUGUGACUAUUUUAGUGGCGUUUAGCAUAUCUUGCACUGCGAGCCUUGUAAUCAUAGACAAAUCAUGACAUUUUAAAUAUGACCAAACCUUGGAGACGCCGAGUAACUCGUGAUUGAUGAGAGCCGAUGGUCGUAUAUUAAUGAAAACUGUCAGU